AUGGAGCUAGACCUCCCAUUCUCUGACCCAGAACCCGUUAUCGAGGAAGAAGAGCCUAGCGUCCUCGAGUACGCGCGAGAGCAAGGCAUCUGCAUUGACUACACGACAGAGCUGCCGCGACUCGUCGACAUCUGUCUCUCGCUCAAAGAUGCAAUUGAUCAGGAUCUUCGGGAUCCUUUUGGUGAUGACCUCACUAACGCAGUCACCGCUGCUCACGAGCUAACAAAGCAAAAACUCGCAGUCACCAAGGAUGUCGCAUUACUCUUGAAGUCAGUCUUGGGAUUGCGAGAACCUCCAACUGGCGAUCCGCUUGCGACAGAUGGGCAGCAACGUGUUCGCGAUAUGAAGCAUGAACUUCCGGUCUUGCAGACGGAUGCUGAGCUUGAUAUGUUAAACUUUGGGACGAGAGUCGAGCCUGACCUCAGAGACCUGAGAACGCGACUACCGUCUGAAGACCUGGAUGAAGAGAACGAUGAAGGGUUCGGGUGGCCUGCAAAGUACUUUGCGUAUCCGGCGCAAUGCGAUGCGAAAAUCAAAAGCGAGAAGCUUGCGGUAACGAGGGAUGUUCUGACAUUUCUGCAAAGCGCGGUGUGGGACGACUUCACGCCCGAAGAUGAUGAAAAGGUCAUGAGAGAAGAACUGGAGACCAGAAGGGUAGGUGCAUUCCAAUUGAGUAGCAGCGACUCGGUCGUGGCCGAAGCCAAAGCCCUAGAACAACAGACAAUGGCCAGAGACUCCCUCAUACGACACCACUCUGGCAGUAGUGACUCGAUGUUACUCGACAUAGCGGACCUCGACGCACUUUUCGAUACUGAAGAGGCUAUCGGCCCUCACUUCUCAGACCGCAUCCCGACAAUCUUAAAGCGAAGGGCAGACGAUCUCAAAGUGGAAGGACCGUUGACGCCACCGAUCUUAUCAGAUUCACCUAUGAAGAAACUGAAGUCGGUCUCGUUCUCAAAUAUGAUACAGGUUGGCGACAUUUUGGAGCCAUGGACUGGUGACCAUCGCCCUGGAACAUCUGACUCCCAGAAUACCAUAGACGAACUGUUCAAGGAGAUCGAGCCAAUUGCCAACGAAGCACGAAGGAAGAUCGAGAACGAGAAGCUGACCGGAGCCGACACGAUUUCUCGAGUAGAAGUACCUGCUCUCGAUUUCACGGUCCCAGUGGCGCCUUGGAACGAGUUCAGUCAGCGAAAGCACGGCAAGCAUCGCUCAGGAGCAGCAGAGCUAGAUGCACAGAUGCGGUUUCUGCAGCGCGUAAUGCGCGACGUUCUUAAAUCAGCAACUGCAUGGCGUGGCGUCUCCGAUCUCGACUUGAGCUGGGGGUGGUUCGCGUCGCCAAUUUCCUCGAUCAAGCUGAAUGAGAAGCUACACGGCGAAACAGAAUUCAACAAGAUUCAGGCCGAGCUUAACACGGGUAGCAUUGCGGCUAGCGCAAACGAGGUGUGGAAGAGGGAUGGCUUCCGCAUCCUCGAUGAGGAUGAAGACGAUGAAGGAGAGGAGAUCGAACCGGCUGAGUUUGAAGAACGUAAUGAUACGGAGGCUCUGGUUCGCAAACGAAAGCUAGAGUUGGAAGAACAGGAAGAGCUCAUGGAGGCGCAGCGCAAACGCAAGGAGAUCGCAGCAGCACAGUUGAGAUCUCACAUCCGCUUACAGCCACAGCGAGAAGCAGGUGGAUGUCACCGCUGGCAAAACGGACUAGAUGCCUCUCACGACCCUUGCAAGGCCCACCAAACCUUGGCCAACUUACGGUUGCAGCAGUCGCAAUCGCCCGUAUCUCAACAUAAGCCUAUUGGAGAGCAGAAAGAGGCACCUGUCGAGCUGAUAUUUGGCGGAUUUUCGGCAUCUACAGCGCUGCACAAGUUCAUGGAGACACAAGGCAAAGCAAUCAAGUCUGCAAAGCCCACCACACAGACGAACGUCUCUUCCGCACCUCCUCUUCACAGCUUGCAGGUCCGUGAAAACGAGCCAUCUGCCGAGUCGAGGCUAUUCAUCGCCCAAGCACCAGGACAUACCCCAAACCUACAAGGCAAGAGUGCAGGACAUCCAUCACGCUUCUUAGCAGAUCCGCCACCUCCCGUCGACCUCCCACCCAGCUCCUUCAUUGUCUCAUCAACCCUCCUCCAACGACGCUCACUCAUAAAACAAAUCGAACAUCUCCACCAGGAAGUUGAGCUCAUAUACCGCGACCACACCCUCCCGCACUCCGUCUCCACUGAAGCAGACAUAGUCCUCUCCCCCUCAACUGGCAUGAUCCUUACCACCCUGCAACAAAUCAAACAAGCGCCUCUUCCUGGGCAGGUGGCCCGCUCACCAGUCAAAGAGCGCAUGGCGAUGCUGCAAGAGCGCUAUGAGAGACUCGUGGUUCUUGUCAGUGAGGGCUUGAGAGAGGAGAACGGGUGCAGUAGGCCCGAGGACGUGAGGGAUCAGGAGACAUUGAAGGGUCUUGAGGUCUUCGCAGCACAGCUCGAGGGCGACGUGGUUGUCGAGUAUAUCCGAGGAGGCGAGCAGAAGCUUGCGAGGGCUGUGGUGGAGAGUAUGGGGAUAUAUGGGCUGCCGCAUGGUGGGAAAGAUAUGGGUGAUGCGAGGUUGUUUGCGUGGGAGGUUUUCCUCCGCCGCGCAGGUAUCAACCCCUUUGCCGCACAGGUAAUCCUUGCCUCCCUCAAGGUUCCUACGAUAAUUGCCUUACCUCCCGUCUUGAGUUCGCCGACUUCGUACGUACCACAGAGGGCUGUGGAGGCCGCUGGGUUGUCUUUGUUCUUGUUGAUGGAGCGAGAAGACAGGGCUAAGCACUUCCAGGCCAUCAUGGGAGGAAGGCGAAUACUAGACAGAGUAAGUGGGUUGUUGGAUCAGCGAUGGCUUAGCGCCGCGCAUGGAUUCAGGAUGUAG